AUGGAGGGGAGACAGGCCGCGUUAAAGCAUCACUACAAAUCAUUUUUGAAACAACGUCUGACAUCAAAGAAGACACUGUAACAGAAACAAUGAUGAAUCUAACCUGCGAAAGCUGUCCAUUGCAAGGAAACUUUGCAUCCAAAAACCUUUGUGAUUCCAAACCAUGUGACAAUUCAUCUACAACAUGUAAACCUACAGCCGGCAGUUUCACAUGCAGCUGUGUAGACGGCUACAUUAACACAGAUUACAGUGACAGAUUAUGCAUGGCAUGUCCCCCUGGUCAGAAAGCUGUGAACAAUAAAUGUAAACUAUGUGACUUUGGUCGUACUGGCUUGAACUGCGAGGAUGAAUGGUUGUUGAUCGUCGUGAUCAUUUCCUCUGUCCUCGGAUUCCUGCUGGUCGUCACGUUGAUCGCUCUGCUAGUGGUAGUAAAAAAAUUCAAGAGGACCAAAUUCUUCAGAACCAAACAGGAAGACAUUAGGAAGCCGUUCCAAAUCCCAUCUCUUGCCAAAGGCCCGCUGUCCAGCAACAGCAAUGGCUUUUACACCUGGCUCAAAGAGCCAGAAGGCAGCCUGGAAAAUUCUGGGAUCCCACGAAUCCCGCGGGCCAACACCAUCAACAACUGGGACAACCUGGAGAUGACUCAGCAGAACAACGAGCAAAACUCACCAUUUGAUGACAACCAGGUUGACAUGGUCUCAUUCUCCCAGAGUUAACUCAAGAAGAACCGCAAUGUCCAGAACUGAGACGCAAAACCUUACGCUCAGAUCCAAGAUCAGAGGGAAGCUGGAUCACUUCAGGGGUUCCUAUAGUGGUGUUUUUCCCAAAACACUGUAAUUUAUUAGAACGCUUUUGAUGUAAAACAUGUAAACAAAAGCAUUUCAGCUAAGAUGUGCAAUGUAAUGUAGCAGAUAUUGUUGUAUCAUGUGUUCCUUAAUACUUUUAGCUGCAACUGUGUGACUUAUACUCCGCUGUGCUGUAAGUUGUCUUAAACCAGUUUGCCUUUCAUGAAGUUUGAUUUAUAAUUACAAUCUCAGUCACCCAAUCUCUCAGUUCUGUAUGUUAAUUGAACUUAAAUAUAUAAUCCUUUUUAUUUUCACUGAACAAAAGCUAAGAGAAGAGCUCUUGGUCAAAUAUUUGUUUUGUUCAUUUUUGAAUUUACUAGAGUUGCUUUUCAGGUUUAAUUUGAGUCUCAGUUUCAGGUUUAACUAAGUUUUGGUGAAUGAGACUAGCCCAAAUUUGAUCCAAAUCACAAAAUAUGAAGAUAUUCAGUUUCUUUCAAUAUAUAAAAAUGUG